UAAAAAAUACGUUUGUUUAGAAAAUCUGAAACGCUUUUGUUGUCCUCGUAAACAGAAACUCUCUCUCACCUCUCUCUCUCUCUCUCUCUCUCCUAUCUCUCUCUCUCUCUCUGCGUUUUUGUUUUUGUCUCUAAGCUGUAUCUUCUAGGACAGAGGGCUAAGGAGAGAGAGAAAUGGACUCUAAACGCAACCUGGGCAAGGCAUUGGGUGUCUCACCCAGACCCAUUUCAAAUUUGAAUUGUGUUUUUCACCAUGUUCAGGCUCAGAAGCUAUCCUAUCUUCGCGCCCGCGUCUCUCUCGGCCUUCCUUUGACCGCCUCGGUCACACCCCAAACCCAACCUUGACCACAUUUUUAUCCAAAAAAAAAUAAUAAUUUUCUUUUCUAUCAGGACUUUCAUCGAACACCUUCUCUGCACUACCGCAAUGGAGGACGAAAAACCAGCACCACCCAAGAACAGCGAAACCCACGACAGUUCAUCCGUCACCAGCGUCAGCAUUAGCCUCUGCAGCGUAGAAGAGAGCGAGAACGAGAGCAGCAGUUUCAGGAAGUGUUUUUUCCCGUCGAAGCCCCACAAGGGAAACGACAUCCGAUGGGAGGCGAUUCAGUGCGUGAAGGGUGGGAAAGAUGGGGAGUUGGGUUUGGUGGAUUUCAGGCUUUUGAAGAAGCUUGGGUGUGGGGACAUUGGGAGUGUUUAUUUGGCGGAGUUGAGGGGCUCAAAGGGAUGCCUUUUCGCGAUCAAAGUUAUGGAUAAAGGCAUGCUUGUCGGGAGGAAGAAGUUGGCAAGAGCUCAGACGGAGAAAGACAUUUUGGGUUUGUUGGACCAUCCGUUUCUUCCGACCCUUUACUCGCAUUUUGAGACGGAUAAGUUCUCUUACUUGUUAAUGGAGUUUUGCAGUGGUGGGGAUCUUCACACGCUUCGCCAACGCCAACCGGCGAAGCGCUUCACUGAGCAAGCCGCUAGGUUUUAUGCUUCGGAAGUUCUUGUUGCUUUAGAGUAUCUCCACAUGAUGGGAGUGGUGUACAGGGACUUGAAACCCGAAAAUGUGCUAGUGAGGGACGAUGGCCAUAUAAUGAUUUCAGAUUUUGAUUUGUCAUUAAGAUGUUUCGUCAGUCCAACUCUUGUUCAGUCCGAUGAUGCCGAGACAGCUUGUAGAAUCUCCUCAUACUGCAUUGAGCCGUCAUGCAUUGAUCCAGCCUUCAAAUUGCCUGUUUGCGUGCAACCUUCUUGCUUGCAACCUUCUUGUUUCAAGCCACGAUUUUUAAGCUCCAAAACAGCCAAGGCGAAAAUUGAAAAAACAAGCUCGGCGAGUUUGGAUUCACUCCCUGUACUUAUUGCUGAGCCAACGAACGCGCGUUCCAUGUCCUUCGUCGGAACUCAUGAAUAUUUAGCUCCUGAGAUCAUAAGAGGGGACGGCCAUGGCAGUGCCGUUGAUUGGUGGACCUUUGGCAUUUUCCUGUAUGAGUUGAUUCAUGGCAGGACACCCUUCAAAGGCAAUGGAAACCGAGUGACACUACUUAACGUUGUGGGACAGUCCCUCAAAUUCCCCGAAGGAUCGAAUGCUAGUUUCGCUGCUAAGGAUCUUAUCCGGGGUCUACUUGUAAAGGACCCUCAAAAGCGAUUAGGAUUUAAGAGAGGUGCUACUGAAAUUAAGCAGCAUCCUUUCUUUGAAAGUGUUAAUUGGGCUCUAAUCCGUAGUACUCACCCUCCAGAGAUUCCGAAACCAAUUGAUCUAGCAUUGUUAAAUCACACAUUCAAGUCAACAGUGCCUCCAAAUAACAAGUCGGCUUCAGACUCGGAUAGAUCAUCAGGUCUAUACUUGGAGUUUGAAUUUUUCUAA